AUGGACUCCAACCUGCAGGGGACAUUCCUGCUCAACAGCCCCUCGCUGGCCCCCUUCCCGGAGGCAAAGGCCCCCAUGUGCCAGUACGCGGUGCAGAACUCCUUCUACAAGCUCAGCCCGCCAGGACUCAGCGCCCAGCUGGCAGCCGGCACGCCGCACGGCAUCACCGAUAUCCUGAGCCGGCCAAACAGCAGCCUGCUCUCAGCCUACCCCCACGCAGGCGGCUUCAACGGCCUGGGCUCCCAGCCCGUCUACUACGGACCCCAGGUGGGGCCCUUCGCCAAGGCAGGGAGUGACUACCCGUCCCGAGGCAGGGACUGCUGGGCAGACCCCGGUCAGGACUGGCGAGGAGGCCGACCGUGCAGCAGCACCUCGGCUCACCUGGCCGACAGCAUCCACAAGAAGAAGCACACGCGCCCCACCUUCACCGGCCACCAGAUCUUUGCGCUGGAGAAAACCUUUGAGCAGACCAAGUACCUGGCAGGGCCCGAGCGGGCACGUCUGGCCUAUUCCCUCGGCAUGACCGAGUCGCAGGUGAAGGUGUGGUUCCAGAACCGACGGACCAAGUGGCGGAAGAAGAGCGCGCUGGAGCCCUCGUCCUCCUCGCAGCGGGCGGUGGGCGAGCGGGCCGCCUCUGAGACCGAGGACGACGAGUACAACAAGCCCCUGGACCCCGACUCGGACGACGAGAAGAUCCGUCUGCUGCUGAGGAAGCACCGGGCUGCCUUCUCGGUGCUCAGCCUGGGAACCCACAGCGGCUGA